AUGACGUGGCUAGUGCAAGCAAGAGCGGAGGCGCGUAAAGAAUGGAAUCUGUGCUUUAUUCGUGUUGCUGCUGUCGCCUUACUCAUCGCCGCUUUUGCUGAGUGCGUGCGCGGCGAAGAGGAUGCAGACCUGGUGAUCGAGAUCCCUCCGUACGGCUCAGGCGCAGACACAAUCAGCGGGCGUUACAGGCUCGCCUACUCGCCGCCGUAUGGCUCUCCAGCGCCCAACUUCACCGUGCCCGCGAAUGGCCCAAACAUCUACUUUCAAGGGUUGCCCGGCACUAAGUACCACAUCAGGCUCUACUAUUCAAACACCACCUCCAUCGAUCUACUCACGUGGAACCAGACCAUAACCACCGCGCCGGAACCGCCAACGGACCUGAACGUAACGCAGGGUCGUAACAAGAAAACCAUCAUCACGUGGUCGGCUCCCGCCUACGGUGACAACACGGGCUUCCGGAUCGAGGUGAUACCGCUGACGGAUCCGCACGAGGAGAAGCGCAACAUCACCGUGGAAGGGGGCAACGGUAGCUACGAGUUGCGAGACGUUUCGCCCGGCAUCACCUACCAACUGAAUGCCUUCACGUUGCUGCACGACAAGGAAAGCACCGCCUACGCUUCGCACAACUUCACCGUCCGUCCUAACUCACCAAAUAAUAUAAUCUUUUGGUUCCGCAACGAGACCACCCUACUGGCCCUGUGGCAGCCGCCCUUCCCAUCCGGUUUUUACACGCACUAUAAGGUAUCGAUAGAGCCGCCCGACGCCAGCGACUCUGUGCUCUCUGUGAAAAAGGAGGGAGAACCGCCCGGACCAGCGCAGGCCGUCUUCAAGGGACUGUACCCUGGACGCACCUAUAACGUGGCCGUGCAAACUGUUUCGGAGGCGGAGACGUCGGCGCCGGUCACGGCGCAAACGCGCACUGUGCCGCUGCGGCCGUGCAACGUCUCCAUCGACCCUCAUGAGCUGCGUGAGACAUCGUUCCGAGUAUACUGGGAGCCACCCACGGACCCUAGCGAAUUCGAGAAGUACCAAGUGUCAGUGGCGCUAGCGGACAACGGUGACGGCGAUGGAAACGAAGGGCGGCGUCUGUCGUCUACAGUGCGGGCCCGAGAAAAGCCCACCACCGCCGAUUUCGAUGGCCUGGAACCCGGUGGGCACUACACUGUCACCGUGAAGACCAUAUCUGGAAAGGUCACCUCCUGGCCCGCCGCUGCGGACUUCACGCUGAAGCCGCUGGCGGUGCAACAGCUGCAGUGGCGUGAAGCAGACGUGGGUAACGCCGUGUUAGUGCAGUGGCAGCCGGCCGUCGGCAGUACGCAGGACGAGUACAAGGUUUCAUACCAGGAGUCGGGCGCGUCUAAAGACGACAUCAGUACGCUCACCACGCCUCAUACCAAUGUGAAGCUAGAGGGCCUGCUGCCCGGCCGCAACUACACCAUCUCAGUGAGCGCGGUGGCGCGCGGCGAGGAGUCCGAGCAGUCGUCGGUGUGGGCGUCGCGGCGGCCGCUGGCGCCGCCCCAUCUUAAAGCAAAGAUGAAAACUGCAGUAACAGUCUUACAAGAAAUGAUGAUAAAGCAGGGAAAAAUACCUGAAUAUGAUUGCAUUUCACAGUCAGGACCACAACACCAGGCAAUGUUUGAAUACAGGUGCACAGCGUGUGGGGUUUCAGUCACAGCUAUGGCUCGAUCGAAAAAGGAGGCAAAGCAAGAAGCAGCUCGCAUCAUGCUACUACAAUUGGAUGAGCGUGGAUAUGCUGUUCCACCGCCCUUCUGUCGCGGUGGCGCCCCCGUCCAUGCCUUGGGCGCGUCACAGUGUAGCAGCAGCCCUCAGGCGGCGCCGCCCUCGGUGGGGCCGCUGUCGUCGCGCAGCUACGUGGCGCUGCUGAACGAGCUCUGCGAGGAGUACCGGCUGCCGGCCGUGGAGUACGAGCUGACGGCGGACACGGGCCCGCCGCACGCGCGCCACUUCACCUUCCACGCGCGCCUCGGCAUGCACCAGCGCCACGCCACCUCUACUACCAAAAAGUUCGCGCGCCAGCUUGCCGCCGAGCAGCUCUACACCUAUCUCAAGGAGAAUCUCUCCAGAGUCACGAAAGAUUUCGUCGAGGACGACGCGCUGGCUCGUGCGCACGAGAAGGCCAUGGAGCGCUACGUGGAGACGCGCGAGGAGCUGGGCUGGCGGCCGCACCUUGGCCAGAAGAUCGCCGACUACCACUUAGGUCUGUUGACCCACAUCGACAAGGCGAAGCGGCAGCUGGCGCUGGAGGCGCUGGAGGCGAGCCGCGAGUGGGCGCCGGAGCGCGCGCUCGAGGCGGUGGUGGGCGCGCUGGGCAUGAGCGUGGAGCGCCACCGGCUGGCGAGCGAGGAGGGCGAGGGGCUCACGGUGCUAGCGCUGGUGCCGUCGGCGCCCGCGCUGGCGAUGGCCGCGCCCUCGCCGCCCGCCGCCGCCGCCGCCGCGCUGCGCUACCUGCGCCGCGCCCUGGCCGCC